AUGGUGGCCCAAGAUCAGCCCAUUGAGGUCGAGUUCUGCACCUUGGGGAUGUUUAUAAUUGAUGAUAUCGACUUCGGCGGUUCAAGACCCGGUGUCAAGAAUAUCCUCGGUGGCGCAGCCUCAUUUGCAGUCGUGGGCGCCCGUUUGGUCUCGGGGUCGAAGUAUGCACGAUCUGUGAGCUGGAUCGUGGAUGUUGGCUCCGAUUUCCCCUCUGAGACGCUUGAUGUAAUCAAAUCAUGGAACACAUCCUGCGUUUUUAGAGAGGACCCUAGCCGGCUGACAACGAGAGCCUGGAACGGUUAUCAUCCCGAUGAGAAACGAGACUUCAAAUACUUGACUCCGAAAUUAAGACUCGAGCCUGAAAUGUUGUCCGACUCACAGGUGUGGUCCAAGACAUUCCAUAUGGUCUGCUCUGCAUCUCGUUGUAUGUCUAUAGUGCAUGAUAUUCUUCAGCGACGAGAUGAAUUGCGAAAGGCAGGGAAAGCGCCGUCUGCCGCGCAUGCUUCUAAGCGCCCUAUCUUCGUCUGGGAGCCAGUCCCUGAUCUCUGUACCCCCGAAGAACAGGAAAAGUUCUUCGCCGCAAAUAAAGUCGUGGAUGUGGUGAGUCCUAACCACAUGGAGCUCGGUAUGAUGUUUGAUCAUCCUGGUUGGACGGAGAAGAGCCAAGAAGGCCGGCAGCUAGUCCAAAGGAUUACAGACUCCGGCAUUGGUCCCGAUGGAAACGGCAUGCUGGUUAUUAGGGCAGGAAAGGAUGGUAGCUACGCCUACUCAAAUUUCGCCAAGAUUUGGCUUCCCGCAUAUCAUCAACCUGAUGCCGAAGGUGCUACGCCUGUGAUCGACCCCACGGGUGCGGGCAACUCUUUCCUUGGUGCUCUAGCCCAGGGAAUGGUGACUGCAGGCCGAGAACCAUUUCAGGUUAUUGACUCUGUUCUAUCAAACUCCGAAACUUGGAAGAAAGCUCUUGAGUCUUGGGGUAAUUACCAACAUCAUCCUAUGGCGCUCAUUUGCGCAACCGUCGCAGCUGGCUUUGUGGUCGAGCAAAUCGGUGUGCCGCAGAUCGAUCCCGAUGGAAACGGAGAGGAAUUGUGGAAUGGGACUGAAUUCACGGAACGAGUCCGCCUGUACACGCAGCGAUUAUUGAGGACACUUGAAGAGUCUCCUCAGAGACAUACAUUGGUCAAUUGA